GUCACAGGUUUAUGGUUAUGAUAAUAAUUGACAGUUGGUAAAAGUUAGUUUUUGGGGUGUUCACGGGGGUUGUUGGUGAUUUUUUUGCCUCUGUGCCAUUCUGCAGUUGUCAUUACCUGUUAUUGUUUAAUUAUUUAGUGGUUACAUCGUCCAAAGUAUGUCAUGUAGUUUUAACCAUAAUAAUAGUAGAGGUAGAAAUUAAAAAAUACAAUAAGUACAUGAUGUGAUUCUGGCUAUGGUGUUUUUUUAUUCGUUUAAUUAGUUGUAUUGGACAAUUGCUACCGUAGAACACUUGUUAGUUGAAAAAAACAUGUCUGUAGCAGAAUUUUUAAAAGGACUUCCUUCGUAUAACGAAAAUAAUUUUACCAAGUUUCAUAUUGACAGUAACUCCAGAUCUCCACUGAGACGGCCGUCGGUAUAUAUACCAACAAAGGAUUUUCCUUCAGAACAAAUAAUAGUAACAGAAAAAACAAGUAUAUUACUUAAAUACAUGCAAACCCAUUGGGAUAAAAAGAACGCGAAGAAAAGGGACCUUCUGCAUGAAAAUGAGGAACCUAUAAGAAAAAGAGCCAGAUUAGAAUAUAGUACAUCCACCAUGCCAUAGGUUAAGAUCUUUUUUUAAGAUUUCUGUAAUUUUAAUCAUAAUAUAUAGAUGUACGUUCAGCUUGUUAAUUUCGUUUCGAAUAUAAUAUUGAAGACAUGAAAGUUUAUAAUAUGUAUCUCUUACGCAGUCGCAUUUUGAAGUCUUCUCGGAAUUUUUUUCUGAAAUGUCCUUUGCAUGGAGGUGGAAUGCCGGGUACUGGGCAUAACAUACAACAAUAAUUUCGUAAGGUAGAAUAUAAAAGCAGUUUUACUAUCUAUGAGUGCAGUACGGAAAGGGUAAAUAGCUCUUUUUGCCGGCAAAUUUUUAACAUUAGUACAAUGAGGCAUGCUCCAUCUUGUCAUUCUACCUCCUUGGCUCUUCGCGACCAUUUCUAUAUUAAUCAUAUUACAUCAAAAGAGAGACUUAUUGUAUCGUUAUAUUCAAUUUUAGUAUUUUUUUUUUAUAAAAACUAAAUUCAGUUCUUUUAUUGUAUUUUACUUGUCAAAAAUAAGAUAUCUUUUAGACACAUUGAUUUGAUUGUUUUUUAUGAACGUAUAUGUUUUAACACAGUUUAUCAAAAAUAAAAUUUUCUAGGUGAAAUUUGUAACAUUUUUGAAAAAUACUGCAUGAAAUAUGUCAGCAUUUAGUCCGAAAAAUUUAGAAAAAGACACUGUAGAAAUGUAAUUUUUGCACAUAAUAUUUGUAAAACAGUUUUAUUUCUGUGUCUUUUUCUGCAGAAACAUUUGUACCCUUUUUUAUUGUUAUUGCUUCCGAUGAAAUAAUUUUUAUUUUGGAUAUAGCUGUGGCUAACACACAUUGCAUAUACUACUGCAUAUUUUUUAAUUUUUAUUGCAUAUAAAUGUAUUCUUUAUUCCUAAUUUCCAUUACUUGUGUGAUGUGAUUAUAUAGGUCGUUAAGGAGACGUCUUUCUUCAGUGAAAGAUGAAAAGAAGGAGUCUUUAAUUUUGGGUAAGCAGCGAUUUUUUUGGGGGUUGAUCAAAGUUUUUGUAAUUUCAAUUGUAGAGUAGAGCUUUGACGGGCCAGCUCUACACUGGAAAAAAAUUCAUUUGAGAAGAUAAAGAUAAAAAAAUUAAUUGAGCCUGAAUAAAAUACGUGUUUUACAUGAAAAUGUACAAUACUGUUGUUCACUUGUAUUAGAAGAAGGAAUAAUUAACAUGAACUGUGAAUUUACAAACCAUAAAAUAAAAAUAACAAGUGUUGAUGCUAUAGUUAAAAUUUCACACUAUUUCAGAUUAGACAAUUGAUAGUUAACUGUCUUAACACUAAUUACAGUGAUGCACCGUGGCCUCGAAUAUGGUUCAUUUUGUGUAAACAAUAACCUUUUAAUAAAGUUAGUUUGAAAAAGUGCCUGAUGCCGCGCUUUCGACUGGUGCCAUAUAUGUAAAAAACAUGACUCUUUCAGCUUUUCUGGAUGUAUUCUGUAACCGCCUGUAGGCAAGAAUUUCUGGCCAAAUUCCCUGAUUUGCAAAUUCAAGAAACAUCGUUAAAGGGAAAUCUCUUGGAAUCUAUUCAGUAUCUGAGGAAGUUGCUGAUUUGAGACGACUCUUUGACAAGAUUGUCUCAGCAGUCAGGAGUUCCUGUUGCAACAUGAACUUGAACGAUGGAUCCAAAGCAUUGACGAACAUUUUUGAAAUUAAAAAGAAAUGAACAAAAUGCUGAACAUUUUCAACAUUUACUGUGAUGUUUAACCGCAAUAAAUUUGUUUGUUUUUAUUAUAA